ACGAGGAUGCGUUGAUUACGAUCGAAACGUAGUUGCUUGUUUACUGAUUUGUUACUGCAGUAGUUCACCAGCGUGCCUUAAAGGUGGGUGUGUACCAAGGUUUGCUCGUGUCAGAGAUUCCUCCUGUUGGAGAAACCACUGUCGAAGAAAGUAUAUAUGCUGAUGACAUCAUUCCUUACUAUGGGACACUAAUUCCUGCAGCUAUUUAUAUUAAUGCUAAUAAAAGUCUCUAUCUUUCUUUGAUUUCUUCCAAAUGAUCUUGUCGGAUAUUUUUGCCUGCAGCACUCAAGUGAAAUCAACAGAGACAUUUGCUGAGCUACACAUUUAUAACUUCGUGAAGUUUACUUUUAAUUGUUGCUAAUUGGAUAUAUUGCCUCGGAAUCAGUCCAGUUUUUGUAGCUUAUUAUUUUCAUUAUCUGAAAUUAAUUGCAUUGCAGCAAACUGAUUACUAUAUAACAACUGUUAAUGAAUUGUUUAAAUGGGAAUGUAAAUGAAUUUUAAUUGAAAAUGCUUCUUAAUUGGAACUAGAAAGAGUAAUUAAUCGAAACUGAAGACAUUGUCAAGCCAGAUUUAUUUAUGUCAAACUUCAUUCAGACUGGCUUUCAUCUUCAUUCAUUCUAAUCUCAAUCUGCACAUCGGAUUCUAGCAGAAGACAGAGAGAAACAUAAAUAUAAAUAUGAAUAUAUAAAUAAAAUAAAUGCAUUUAUAUAUCUAACGAGAGGAGUAAAAAGCAUGAUUGCUUAGAUACAUCAAACCCGUUUAAACGGGUUUAAAACUGAAUUCACUACGAGCGGAAUGCAGGUGUUCAGAAUGCCUAUCAAAAGUUUGGAAAGAGAAGACGAAAUGUGUUUUGGUGACAGCAAUAGCGACUUAUUGGAUGAUGGUAUUUUGCUAGAUGACACAUGUUCAGAAGAUGAUUUGGAUGAUUAUGGCAGCGAACCAGAAGAUUGCCUGGAAAGCAUGACUGGUAAUGAAGACGAACAAGAAAUAAGUGAUACAAAGAUGAAGAAAAGCACGAAAAACUAUCCUUACCGCAGGAAGAAGGAAGAGAAACCGUCUUCCAAAGACAAGAACGAACCACGUCUUCCAAAGAAACGUGGUCCAAAGAAGAAACGGAUGACAAAAGCGCGAGUGCAAAAAUUACGUUUGCGACGAGUUAAAGCAAAUGCACGAGAACGCAACCGCAUGCAUGGUUUGAACGAUGCAUUGGACACUUUGCGAUUGCAUGUGCCAUGCACGUCCAAGACACAGAAGCUAUCGAAAAUUGAAACGUUACGACUGGCACGCAAUUAUAUCAGUGCCUUGGGAGAAAUUUUAAAAAAUGGUACUAAACCAGAUGGUGUCAGUUUUGCGAAAGCUUUGUCAAAAGGUCUCUCUCAGAACACAAUGAAUCUAGUUGCUGGAUGUCUUCAGCUUAAUCCUCGAACAUUGCACCCCGAUUCUACACUACCUAAAACAUAUCGAUAUGAUUUUAGUAGCCAGAUAGAUUUUGGUAGCCCUGUUACUCAAAUUCCAUAUCCUCCGUCUUCCUAUGCAACGACUUUGCAUCAUCAUCAUCAUCAUCCUCCUCAUCAUCACCAUCAACAGCAGAGUCAGCAAAGUAUGCAACCGCAGGAACAGCAGCAACAUCAUCCACCACUUCCUCACCCCCACCAAUUACAGUCGCAACCACAACAACAACAACAACAACCACUUCCUCCUCCUCCUCCACCACCACCACCACCACCGCCACAACAAUCACAACAGCCACAACCAAGCAUGAAUAUCGGGCCAAUCACAAUGGUAAGCCAGAUUCCAUCCAAUCGAUUGUCUUCUUCUCCUCACGCCCCAUCUAACGGUAUGAUCACUUCACUACCACCGCCCUCCCAUCAACAGUACACUAAUUACACUACACCACGUAACCUGAGUCCGUUGAAUGCAGAACAUAGGGAAGCCUCGUUGCCUACAGGAAGUAUGACACCCGGUUUGACAUCAAACAACACUUAUCUUCGUUAUAACACCAACAACAAUACUAACAACAACUCAAACAGCACGUACAUGGUCAAUGAUGUUGGUAUCAGGCGUGGAUACAAUGGUUGUGCUCAACCUCAGCCAAGCCCCUAUGUCUUAUUAGAAGAUAUCCCCGAUUUUCAGAGUGACCCACCAGUUCUGGAGCACAAUUUAAAUAUCAUAAACAGUAACCGAGGUAUAUUUGAAAUCACUGGUUGAGCUGCUGAGAUUCUGUCAUCAUCCGCCAUAUAUCUUGUUCCUUCCGAUCACAGCAACAUGAACUUAUUUUGGAGUAAGCGACAAUUUCCUCUGAGUUUACAGCCGGCAAUAAAAUAUUUGCUAUUUUUUCUUUUUGUGGACAAUAUUUUUCUUUUAAAAAAUAAAUAAAACAAGAAUAAAAUACGUAUUUUACACAAAGAGAACAAUUUUAAUCUGAUAAAACUUUUAAAAGAAAGUUUGAAAGAAAUCUUCAAAUUAUUUAGCAACUUCACCUUUUCUUUAAAAAUAUCAAGAGACUUAUCGCUGGCAAUGCUGUUGAUAACAACAGCGAAUGCAAAUCUGUCCGAAAUGUCUAUUUUGAGUGUUCUUUUUCUUUUUCGAUGUUUUGUUGCAAUGAUAUGUCUUUCUGUGGUCAGUAACCAGAGGUUGGGCGAUUUAUAACGCACUUGGUUUUGAUUAAACGUAAAAGAUUUCUGAUCGAAGAGGAUGCUUUUAUAACGUUGCUUCUUAUUGGAUGGAAUAAAUAUACGUACAAAUAUGAUUCAGCAUACAAAUGACUGCAGAUCUAACUAACCAUGUCGAUGGAUAUGACGAAAAGCAGAAAAAAGUAUCUGAUAAUUGCUUUGGUUCAAACAAUGAACAUCUUUCAAAGUGCAAUAUUCGAGACAUUAUCUAAAGAGUAGAAACGACUUUUGGUUUUAUGCUGUGCCUUCUUGAAACUUUUUCUUUUUAGUAAAAUUGCUGUUUUGUUUGGUUUCUGAACAAGUAAAAUCAGAACAUUCAUCAAAACAGAGUUAUUUUUAUCCUUCGUAAAUACAAUUGGCUUCCAUUUUGAUAAAACGCCACACUUGUUAAUCUGAAACAACAAACUUAUUUUUGAUUCUCAUAAGUUUGUCAGACAAUUGUCAGCAUUUCCGUUGAAUUACUGUCAAGAACAUAUAUUUAUGUUAAACUUCUUACUUCCCGCCACAUUUCUUUCGACCAUAUUCUGUCUGAAUAACUUACAUUUAUUUUUCUGUUUCAUUUGAAUCUAUUUAUUUGCACAAAUAUACCUGCCUCUCAAUAGUAGUUUUGUCUUCACCAUAAAAUAAUUAUUAACAAGAAAAAAAAAAAUGAAAAACAUGGAUGGCAAAAAUGUAUUGAAAAGACAGUGUUCGAGAUUACAGCAGUGCGUGUUAUUUGAACUAAUGGACAAAAGCAAUUAACUCAAACGAAUUUUUGAGAUGAACUGUAUUGGCUUAAAUUUAUCUCUUUUCGUUUAAGAGAAAUAUUUUCUUUUUUGUCAGACUACGGAUAUGGGAAUUUUCAGACUCAUUAAAAAUUGUUUUAAAAUAUUUUUGAUAACAACA